CACAGCUGAGAGCUGUUUACUUUUGACUUGACAUUCUAUUAAAAGGACUGGGAAUCUGGGGACUAUAAUUUUUUAUUUAAAUUUUAUUGACUGAUUUUCUUCAGCUUCAGCUGCAAGCAACCUCCGGGCCCUUUAAAUUUAAAAAAAAAUGUCUUUGCUCCGUUCUUUGGGUAAAAAACAGCUGGAACUUGCUGGCAAUUGGUUAGGUAGUGCAGGAGUCUAUGGAGCAACAGCAUCAGGCCUCGUAGUCUAUUUCACAGAUUGGAGAGUCGUUGUAGACUAUUUACCUUUCUACAAUGGCAAAUUUCCCAAAGAAGAAGAAGCAUAAAAUGUUAAUUCGAUGUAGUUGAAUUAAAAUACAAAAUCUUUGUUAAUGCAUAAUAUAUUAUUUAUUAAAUAAAUCUUGUACGAAACA